UCACACUCACCAUUCCCAAGUCAUUCUUAAGCCCCAGGCAGUACCUCAGUUCAGAAGAGAUGCACACUAGCAAUGAGAUAGCCAUCCGUGUUAUCCACAGACAGAGAGGGACCGAUUCCGUCUGGUCUCUCAAUACACUAGCGGAGAAAGUCCUCACAAUGAGGGACAUGUACCAACGCAUUGAGGAAGGGAGCUUUGGACUAGUGCUGGAUGACAGCAUUGGUCCUGAUCCAUUCUUUGAUCUAGAGCAGCAUGCCCUCCUGGGUGUGGCUAAUAUAUUCCUGGAGUGCUUGUAUCAUGGGGUAGCUCAUGUUUAUGAUGCUCCCAUCAUUGGACCAAGUGGAAAGGUUUGCGGCAGGUUAAAACUCGGUCUCCAAUGCUUGCCUUUGAUACGUGACAGUGUUGAUGAUGUUGAUAACAGUUCAUCAAUGGUGACGUGGGAGGCACCAGAGGAAGUAGAGGAUCUUAAACCAGGUACUCAUAUUACUGUCAGAGUAUCAGUGAUAGAGGCGAGUGGUCUUCCAGCUGCUUACUCUCACAAUCUAUUCUGUCAGUACAAGUUCUGGGGGCAAGAAGAGGCACUCAUAAUUCCGCCACUAAUCCCCUCAAUGGGUGGGGCUGACUCCGUCCACCCUCCUGAUGGCGUGCAUCAGUUCCAGCACCACCAGACGUUCAAUGUUGAAGUGACGGAGGAUUUCCUUGAGUACAUUAAUGACGGAGCACUAGCGGUUGAAGUGUGGGGUCACAGGAGAAGUGGAUUUGACUCUGUACCUGAUGCAGAAGAAGAUUCCAAGAGACCUCGUUCACUGUCGGAGAGAUGGAAUGAUGUUAUAAAGAGACUGGAGCUAUGGGUGGAGAUAAUGGAACUCAAUGAUCAGGGAGAGUAUGUUGCCGUUGAGUUGCAACCAAAGGCUGACAUCAAAUCAGGAGGAAUAUUCCAAAUAAGACAGGGUCAAUCAAGACGUGUGCGUGUUAGUGUAGUACAGAUACCAGGCUCAGGGAAUGGGCCUCUCGUCUGUGAGAGUAUUUCCAGUAUAUCAGUCGGGAGCGUCUACCUAAGGAAUAGAUAUGAUGACUCUUUAGACUCUUAUCAAGAAGUAGACCUGGAGAGGUUACGUACGAAAUGGAGCGAUGCCCUGAGUAACAGGAGAGAGUUCCUGGACACUGAGGUGAGGAAGAUCAUGGAGAAGAGAUCGAGGAAUGAGUCAGACACUGUCAAAGAGAACGAGCUCAUCGACCAAUGGACUAUGCUACAAUGGGAGAGAAUGGCUGUGGUACAGCCUAAAGCAGGUUCUGGUGUUCCUGGAGCUCCAACUAACUGGCAACUAGUCCCAGGAAUGGAAGCAAAAGUACCUGUGGUAUUCUUAGACCUUAACAGUGGUGACGAUGAUGAGGAGGAGAGGCCAGUGACUGGUUUGGUACAAACUGGUGAGCUCUUUGGAGAGAAGCCGGAGAACAUGAUCCAACUACCGAUAAUAAAACAAGAGGACCAUCAGUUGAUAGCAGUUGCUUCCUGGGACUCCACAGUACACGAUACCAGCAGUCUAAAUAAAGUCACAGGUGCUAAUGAUAGAGUAUUUGCCAUCGUGCGGGUAGGUAUCAAACUAAAGAACCCUCCAGGAGUAGAGAUAAUGCUAAGAAAAAGGAUAUGCCUCAGAGUGUACAAGAGGAUAGGAAUCGGGGCGGCCAUCAUGAAAGCUUUUACUAGAGAUUAUAGAACUACUUGUGGUAUCAUGUUUGAGGUAGUGACUGGUAUUCCUAAAAGUGAAGGAAUGGAGCCUCCACCCAAGAUCCCUGCCAACCCUUCUUUUGUUGAGCUGGAAGAAGACGAAAACGCUGUAGAUAAGUUCAAGACUGGCAUGGCGGCCAUUGCUAAUGUGCUUGCCUUAGACAGAUUGAAGCAGGAAGUAUCGUUAAAAGAGAAA